AUGGGUUAUUAUUGCCAAGAAGAUAAGCUAGUGAACACGAUCUGCGAUCUGUACGAAAAGAUCUCGAAGCUCGAGAGCUUGAAACCUAGCGAAGAUGUCGACACUCUUUUCAAGCAGCUCGUGUCCACAUGCAUACCACCAAACCCUAACAUCGACGUCACCAAGAUGUCUGCAAGCAUCCAAGAGAUGAGAUCAAACCUCAUCAAACUCUGUGGUGAAGCUGAAGGUUACUUAGAGCAUCACUUCUCUUCAAUCUUGACCUCUUUUGAAGACAACCCACUUCACCAUUUGAACAUUUUCCCUUACUACAACAACUAUCUCAAACUAAGCAAGCUCGAAUUCGAUCUCCUCGAACAGAACCUAAACGGAUCUGUUCCAAAGACUGUAGCUUUCCUUGGCUCUGGUCCUCUCCCUCUCACUUCCAUCGUACUUGCCUCUUUCCAUCUCAGAGACUCAAUCUUUCACAACUUUGACAUCGACCCAUCAGCGAAUUCGGUUGCAGCUCGUCUUGUUUCAUCUGAUUCUGAUCUCUCUCAACGUAUGUUCUUCCACACCGUUGAUGUAAUGGAUAUGACAGAGAGCUUGAAGAGCUUCGAUGUUGUGUUCUUGGCUGCUCUUGUAGGGAUGGAUAAAAAUGAUAAGAUUAAAGUGAUCGAGCAUCUUGAGAAACACAUGUCUCCUGGUGCUUUGCUCAUGUUGAGAAGCGCUCAUGGACCUAGAGCCUUUCUUUAUCCCAUCGUCGAACCUUGUGAUCUCCAAGGCUUCCAAGUGUUAUCGGUUUAUCACCCGACCGAUGAAGUUAUCAACUCUGUUGUCGUCUCCAGGAAGCUUGGUGGAGAUGGUGUUGUUGAUGAUCACAUGGAUCAUCAAGAUUCGGGUCUCUCUUGCAACUGUUCCAAGAUCCAAGCCAUUAUGAACAAGAAGAAGAGCAUAAUUGAGGAGUUCGCAGGAGCUAUUGAAGAACAGCUUUCUUAG